CCUUGGGGAUAGUGCCACCUCCUGAAAAUGUCAGAAUGAAUUCAGUUAAUUUCAGGAACAUUCUACAGUGGGACUCGCCCGCUUUUCCCAAAGGGAACCUGACUUUCACCGCUCAGUACCAUAGUUAUAAGAAAUUCCAAGACGUGUGCAAGAGCUCUACCUCCACGGAAUGUGAUUUCUCAAGUCUUUCAAAGUAUGGUGACCACACCUUCAGAGUCAGGGCAGAGUUUGCAGAUGAGCAUUCGGACUGGGUAAACAUCACUUUCUGCCCCCUGGAUGACACCGUUAUCGGACCUCCUCUAGUACAUGUAGAAGCACUUGCUGAUUCUUUACAGAUGCGUCUCUUAGCCCCUCCAAUUGAGAAUGAACCCUAUACAUGGACCAUGAGGAAGAUUUAUGACUCAUGGGUUUAUAAUGUGCAAUACUGGAAAAAUGGCACUGAUAAAAAGUCUGAGGUCACUGUGCAGUACGACUUUGAGAUCAUCAGGAACCUGGAGCCAUGGACAACUUACUGCAUUCAAGUUCGAGGCUUUCUUCCUGAUCGGAACAAAACUGGGGAGUGGACUGAGCCUGUGUGUGAGCAGACAACCGAGGACGAAACAACUCCCUCCUGGCUGGUGGCCUUCAUCCUCAUAGGCUCGGUCUUUGUAGUCUUCCUCGUGCUCCUGGGAUGCUUUGCCUUGCUGUGGUUUAUCUACAAGAAGACCAAGUACACCUUCUCACCCAGGAAUUCUCUUCCACAGCACCUGAAAGAGUUUUUGGGCCACCCACACAACACACUUCUGUUUUUCACCUCUCCGCUCUCUGAGGAGAGUGAAGUUUUCGACAAACUAAGUGUUAUUACAGAAAACUUGGAAAACAGCAAGCAGAAUCCUGGUGACAGUUGUAGCCUUGACACCCCAUCUGGACCAGGACCUCCAGAGCUAGUUUCCAAGGAGGAAACCUGCUUAGUGGGCCAUAAUGACUCCAUUCUACCCCCGUCCGCCUCAGAGCGUGGUCAGCAUGACCAGCUGAGCAAACACCGAAUCUACAACUCUCAGACAGUGGACUUGUCCACGUAACUGAAGAACUAGGUGGUAGCCAGGCACGGUGGUGGUGCAUGCCUGUAAUCCUAGCAGUCAGAAGGCUGAGACAGGAGAAUCUCCAUGAGUUCAAGGCCAGCCUGACCUACACAAUGAGACACUGUCUAAAGAAACCAAAACCAAAGUCCAUACCAUGGACUCACUACUUUACAAAGACUUUAAUGAUAAAAAAACAUUGGCCACUGAGUGUAAUUUUCAGCCUUUUUUGCUCACUUCAGUAAGGACUGGAUUUGAACUGUGAGAAACAGGAAUAUUUGUGAGGAAUAAAAAAUGGAGGUGCUAUAAAAUCCUUCCACAGCGUCAACAGACCAACCAGAAAACUAUCCUCAAGUCAACAGUGGUCAGCACCACACUGGACAGACGGGAACCCUUCAUGCUCGGGGAGUCGAAGGGGUUUCCGUUUCUACCCUUGUGUGUUUUGUGUAUGGCUCGAGCUCUGUCCAAGCUUGCGUCUCAUCUAAUGUGUUUGUGUUAGCUUUUGUUGUUGUGAUGAAAUACUUGACAUAAACAACUUAAAAGGAA